AAAACAAAAAUGAAACAAACUUCCUAAAUUUUCUUGGUGCUAACAAACAGCUCUGCCACAGUGCAUAGGUAAUCCACCAUAAUCAGAUUUAAGGUUUAUUCCCAGGCCACAGCGCAGUGACUGCAGCUCAGGUCGGCCACUUGUUACCAAAUGUUUACACGGUGACUUGUAGCUGAUUGUCGGAAAAGCAAACAGCACAGCGUCGCAGAUUCCCCCUGCGUCAGAAGACACUGUUCUUGUAGAUGGAGCACCACGUGAUCACCUGCCAUCCUCUCAGGUACAACAUCAUACCCGAAGCACGAACAUAUGGCUUGGUUCAUGUUGGCUUUUGAUGACCUGCUGUCUAAAUAUCUUGGCCUACCAGUCGAUGUGUGGUCAACUCUUGUAUUUGGCUUCCUAAUAGUGCCAGCUGUACUUGGAGUCUCUUUUGGCAUCCACAAAUAUUACAUGAUGGCGCUUCUCAGUGUAUUUGAGUGGGCAACCUUACAAAUGGAGCAAAAGGCAAAAGAGAAGAAUCAUCAUCUCUACAAACACUAUACCAGUGGCAUCAUAGACAAAAAUCCAGAUGCAACUUUGCAGCGAAAGAUCCAGGAUCUUCGGCACAGUGCUGAUCGUCUGAGUUUGGAGCCACGGUUUGACCUCGCUGAUGUCUUCUUCUUCUGUCGAAAAGCCUUGGAAAGCAUCAUCGACGAUGACGUGACCAAGCGCUUCUCGGCACAGGAGCUGGAGAGCUGGAACUUGCUGACUAGGAGCAACCACAACUUCCGCUACAUAAGUGUGAAACUUUUAGCCCUGUGGGUUGUGGGAGUUUUAAUCCGCUAUGGUGUACUACUUCCUUUCAGAGUAACUGUGGCAGUCGCAGGAAUUUUUCUGUUUAUUGUUUUAAGCACCAUGGUGGGAUUCCUACCUAGCACAAAAUUAAGAACCUACCUCAGCGACAAGGUGCAUCUGAUGGGUUAUCGCCUGUGUGUUAGAUCGCUGACUGGAAUCAUCACCUAUCAUAACAGGGAAAACAAACCAAAGAAUGAUGGCAUAUGUGUGGCCAAUCACACCACACCAAUAGAUGGCAUCAUCCUGGCUAAUGACUGCUGUUACUCUUUGGUUGGCCAGUUACACGGAGGCUUGCUGGGAAUGAUCCAGAGAGCCAUGGUGAAGUCCUCUCCUCACAUAUGGUUUGAGCGAGCUGAAGUCAAAGACCGACACCUAGUGGCCAAAAGGCUUAGGGAUCAUGUUGCAGAUGAGAACAAACAUCCUGUCCUAAUCUUCCCUGAAGGUACUUGUGUCAACAACACAUCGGUGAUGAUGUUCAGGAAGGGGAGCUUUGAAAUUGGCUGCACCAUCUAUCCUGCUGCCAUUAAGUAUGAUCCUCGCUUUGGAGACGCUUUUUGGAACAGCAGCAAAUUUGGUUUGGUGAGAUACCUUCUGAGGAUGAUGAGCAGCUGGGCCAUCGUCUGCAGCGUUUGGUACCUGCCACCAAUGAAGAGGAAGGAAGGCGAGGAUCCUGUGCAGUUCGCCAAUCGCGUAAAGGCUGCUAUAGCUGCUCAGGGAGGGCUAGUGGACCUCAUAUGGGAUGCCGGACUGAAACGAGCCAAAGUGAAAGAUGCUUUUAAAGAAGAACAGCAGCAGCUUUACAGCAAAAUGCUUCUGGGUGACCAGGAGGACCAGAACCAUGGCAAACACGCAGAAGCUAAAUGUCCGGGAGAGGACAAAGGCAACUGAGUUUAAGCGAAAGGAUAAUAAAAGACCAGUGUGUCCGUCAUCAUCAUGGGCUCUUAUGUCAAGUUCACUAACACAACACAUGUUGGCAAAAUGCAUUUACAAAGAGUGAAGUGUGCUUCUGUUUAGUUUUUACAUAUGAAAAAAAAAGGUUUAUUUGCAUUGUGCAGGUGGAGGGCUGUUAACUUUAAAGUUCAAACUACAGCAGAAUAUUGCAGGGAUGUUUCGCUCUCAAAUCUCUCCGCUGAUUUAUUAUGGAACCAUGUUCUGUGAAUUUCAUUAAAGAGGCCGACACUCUAAAAUUACCACAGUUUUCUGAAUUUUCCUGAACCCCAGAUUUGCAGAUGCAUGCGCUGCAGCCUUUACAUAACAGUCUACAGUGUUGCCGGGAUUUGUACGUCAGUUUACUAAUUGGCUCAAGGCUCUGUUUGUCUGCAGCUUUAAUUUGUGCUGCACUUUGCCUGCUACGGCAAGCCAUGUGAAACAUAUUGUUGAUGUGACAGUUGUUUGGUUUAUUA